AUGGUUUCAUUGGAACCCUUGAACCAAACACUUUUGAAUUUUGAUGGCAUACUAAGAGACGGGCAAAAUCAUUUUUCCACAUCAACUACACCCAACUCUUUGAAAGAUAGUUCAUUUGAGAAAAGUUUAAUGAAAGAGUCUAAUAAUGUGCCAACUGAGAUAAACACUAGCGGUCAUAUAUUUGAUAACCGUGACAACUUGAACUCUUCUAAAACAAAGUUAAUUGAUAUCCACAACAACAACACCGAAAUAGUUAGACCUGAUUAUAUAAUAUUAUUUGGUAAGAUGGUGCGGUCUUCUGAAAAAAAUUUGGAUGAUUCUGCUAUUAUACGAGCUGAUGGUCAUGAAAUGAGCAAUAAAGUUGAAGAUACAAUCAAAUCUAUUGACAAGAAAUAG